AAUCGAGGUGAUCCACAGAGAAACACGCUUCACCAUCUUUGUCUCUUUCUUUUUUCAUGAGCUUUAAGAACCAAAACCCACACCAGACUCCUCUCCAUCAGUCUAUAAAUAAACAGCAUAUUCAUCACUCUGAUUUUCAGUUUUCCCCUCUUCCUCUCUCGUGAGUCAAGUCUCUUCCUUUCUCGUCAGCUUUCUCGUGUUGAACUUCAUAAGAAACUUGUUUCUUCAGCCAUUUUCUAUCAUCUGCUCGUCACGAGAUUCACUUCACUAGGCAGAAAAAUAUAGAGUAGCAGAUAGAAGGCGAAGUGAGAGCGAGGAGGAAAAAUGCCGACUAGGAAUUUGGAGAAGAUGGCAUCGAUAGAUGCUCAGUUGAGACUACUGGCACCGAGGAAGGUCUCUGAGGAUGAUAAGCUGGUGGAGUAUGAUGCUUUGCUAUUGGAUCGGUUUCUUGAUAUUCUUCAAGAUUUACAUGGAGAGGAGAUUAGAGAAACGGUUCAAGAAUGUUACGAGUUUUCAGCUGAGUAUGAAGGGAAGCAUGACCCUCAGAAAUUAGAGGAGCUUGGGAAUGUGCUGACAAGUUUGGAUCCUGGAGAUUCAAUAGUUAUUACAAAAUCAUUUUCCCACAUGCUUAGCUUGGCCAAUUUGGCUGAAGAAGUUCAAAUUGCUUAUCGGCGAAGGAUCAAACUUAAGAAGGGUGAUUUUGCUGAUGAGAAUUCUGCAACAACUGAAUCAGACAUUGAAGAAACCUUCAAGAGGCUUUUGCAAUUGAAGAAGUCACCUGAAGAAGUGUUUGAUGCUUUGAAAAACCAGACUGUUGACUUGGUCUUGACUGCACAUCCUACUCAAUCUGUCCGUAGAUCUUUGCUUCAGAAGCAUGCAAGGAUCCGCAAUUGCUUGACCCAAUUAUAUGCGAAGGAUAUCACUCCUGAUGAUAAGCAGGAACUUGAUGAGGCUUUACAAAGAGAGAUUCAAGCUGCAUUUCGUACAGAUGAGAUCAGAAGAACUCAGCCAGCUCCACAAGAUGAAAUGAGAGCAGGAAAGUAUUUCCAUGAAACAAUUUGGAAAGGCGUGCCAAAAUUUUUGCGGCGUGUUGACACUGCUUUGAAGAACAUAGGAAUAAAUGAACGUGUUCCUUACAAUGCCCCGCUCAUUCAGUUUUCUUCUUGGAUGGGUGGAGAUCGUGAUGGAAAUCCCCGGGUAACUCCUGAAGUAACCAGAGAUGUAUGCUUACUGGCCAGAAUGAUGGCUGCUAACAUGUACUUCUCCCAAAUAGAAGACCUUAUGUUUGAGUUGUCAAUGUGGCGCUGCAAUGAUGAACUACGUGCUCGUGCAGAUGAACUUCAUAGGUCCUCAAGGAGGGAUGCAAAACAUUAUAUAGAAUUUUGGAAACAAAUUCCUCCCAAUGAACCCUACCGUGUUAUUCUUGGUGAUGUGAGGGAUAAGCUGUACAAUACACGUGAACGUUCUCGUCAGUUACUAGCCAAUGGGAUUUCUGAGAUUCCCGAGGAUGCAACUUUUACAAAUGUUGAGCAGUUUCUGGAGCCUCUUGAACUCUGUUAUGGGUCACUCUGCUCUUGCGGUGAUAGGUCAAUAGCUGAUGGAAGCCUUCUUGAUUUUUUACGUCAAGUGUCUACCUUUGGGCUUUCACUUGUUAGACUUGAUAUCCGGCAAGAAUCUGACAGACACACUGAUGUUAUCGAUGCAGUCACUAGACACUUGGGAAUUGGAUCUUAUCGUGAAUGGUCUGAAGAGAAGAGACAAGAAUGGCUCUUAUCUGAGCUCAGUGGCAAACGCCCCCUUUUUGGUCCUGAUCUUCCCAAAACUGAAGAAAUAACUGAUGUAUUAGACACAUUUCAUGUCAUUGCUGAGCUUCCUGCAGAUAAUUUUGGUGCCUAUAUAAUCUCAAUGGCAACAGCCCCAUCUGAUGUACUACUUGUUGAGCUUUUACAACGUGAAUGUCGAGUGAAGCAUCCACUUAGAGUUGUUCCAUUGUUUGAGAGACUUGCUGAUCUUGAAGCUGCUCCUGCAGCUGUGGCCCGUCUCUUCUCUAUUGAUUGGUACCAAAAUCGGAUCAAUGGGAAGCAAGAAGUCAUGAUAGGGUAUUCAGAUUCGGGAAAAGAUGCUGGUCGUCUCUCUGCUGCUUGGCAGUUAUACAAAGCUCAGGAAGAGCUUGUAAAGGUGGCAAAGCAGUAUGGCAUUAAGCUUACAAUGUUCCAUGGCCGAGGUGGAACAGUGGGAAGAGGAGGUGGGCCGACUCACCUUGCUAUAUUGUCUCAACCCCCUGACACAAUUCAUGGAUCACUUCGAGUUACAGUUCAAGGUGAAGUUAUUGAACAAUCCUUUGGAGAGGAACAUUUGUGCUUCAGAACACUACAGCGGUUUACAGCUGCUACUCUUGAACACGGUAUGCACCCUCCAGUCUCCCCAAAGCCAGAAUGGCGUGCACUCAUGGAUGAGAUGGCAGUCAUUGCAACAAAAGAAUACCGUUCUAUAGUUUUCCAGGAACCUCGUUUUGUCGAGUACUUUCGCCUGGCAACCCCAGAGUUGGAGUAUGGUCGGAUGAACAUAGGGAGUCGUCCAUCAAAACGAAAGCCAAGUGGCGGAAUUGAAUCACUCCGUGCAAUCCCAUGGAUCUUUGCAUGGACGCAGACGAGAUUCCAUCUACCUGUGUGGCUUGGCUUUGGAGCUGCAUUUAAGUAUAUCAUUGAGAAAGAUGUUAAGAAUCUUCACAUGCUCCAGGAGAUGUACAAUCAGUGGCCUUUUUUUAGGGUUACAAUUGACUUAGUUGAGAUGGUGUUCGCCAAGGGAGACCCAGGAAUUGCUGCUUUAUACGAUAAACUCCUUGUGUCAGAAGAGUUAUGGUCGUUUGGUGAGCAUUUGAGGAAUAACUAUGAAGAAACAAAGAGCCUUCUCCUCCAGAUUGCUGGGCAUAAAGAUCUCCUCGAAGGAGAUCCCUACUUGAAGCAAAGGCUUCGUCUUCGUGAUGCAUACAUUACAACACUCAACGUAUGCCAAGCAUAUACUCUGAAGCAGAUCCGUGAUCCCAACUUCCAUGUUAAGGUGAGGCCACAUUUGUCGAAAGAUUAUAUGGAAUCAAGCAAGCCUGCGGCAGAGCUUGUGAAGCUUAACCCCACAAGUGAAUAUGCACCUGGCCUUGAGGACACCCUUAUUUUGACAAUGAAGGGUAUUGCAGCGGGCAUGCAGAACACUGGUUGAGGAGGUCUUUUUGUGUCCCCGUAAUGUUAAAUAUGUUUAUGUAUGUAUGUCACCCUUUUUCGAUGUUAUAUAGAUCUCGGACGAACAAAUGUGUUUCUCUUCAACCAAUAGCCAAUAAAUUGUCAAACUGUUUAUGUUAAUAUAUUCUGAUGUUCCUAAUGCUGCAAA